GAUAUUAGACAAUCCCAACCUCAAUGAUUGUGAUUUGAAGAAGUUAUGCGGUAGCUACUUUGGAGAUACAAAUUUUACUGCUGAUCUUAGCUCAUGCUCUAUGAUAUACAUACCAACAAAUGAUCGUGGGAGCCACCGGUUUUGCAUCAAAAUAGACAUGGGCAUUCAUAUGGUUUAUAUUUUUGAUUCAAAGCUCGCUACUCGAUCCAAUUUGUUUCGUAAGAAACUGACACAACGAGUGCUGGAGGGAUUACAUCGCGCGUUGCUCUUCCAAUAUGGAGAGCUCUAUCAGGUUGAUGUCACGAAGUUUAACAUUGCUAAUGUUGAAAAGCAACCCUUGCAACAUGAGGAGGACGGGUAUGAUUGUGGGCUAUUUGUUAUAAAAUUCAUGCAAGGGUUCAAUUUCCCAUCCGGUGUACACAAGAUGGACAAUACCGAAAGGCCAAGGUUGUUAUUGGAAUUGUGUGGUGACAAAAAUAAUCGGGAUGCCUUGGAGGUUUUAAAAAAAUUUGAGGCAUGGAAGGCAGAAAGAGGUAAAACGGGCUUUGUGUACGCAGGUGGUCACGUGAUUCGUAUAUAACUAACAAUCUGUAGGUAUAUUUUGUAAAGGUUAAGUUUUUUGGGGGCCUGA